CAUGCGUCAUUUUUCACUCAGGCAUACAUGAAAGGUUACCUUGCAAGAAAAGACUUAAGAGGGCAGCUUCUUGAUUUGCGUCUGAGAGUACAAAAAUCUGCUGCAAAUGUUGAUGAUGGUAUGCGCAUAAUAAACAGGCUUGUUGCAGCACUGUCAGAACUUCUGAAUAUGAGAAGUGUCAGCGACAUUCUUCGUAUCUGUGCAACUCUGAAUAUGGCAACACAACAUUCACAAAAAUGUUGUGAAGAACUUGUUGCUGCGGGUGCUGUUGGUACAUUGUUAAAGCUGAUCAGCUCUCUCAGCCGGAGCCUACCUGAUCAAGAAGUUACAAAACAUGCACUCUCCACUCUCAGAAACCUUUCCCGAUAUCCACACUUGAUUAAUGUAAUAAUUGAUAGCUGUGGAUCAGUGGAAACAAUCUUGCGGGAGUUUUUAAGAAAUAAAGAAGAGGGAUAUUUCAUUGCGUCAGACCUUUUGAAGAAGAUAUUCACAGAGAAAACAGGUGUUGAAGCUGUGCACAAGUUGCCUGCUCUUUUGAGGAGACUACGCGAUCAUGUAGAAGAACUUUCACGGAAAGCAAAACCCGACAAGUGGUCCAGGACUCCACAGCCACAUGCAAGGAAAGAGCUGGACAAAAGAUUGAGAGAAGCUGUUGAGAUAUUGGAAUUGAUUAAAGUGUCCCUCGGAAAUCCAACUAGACGACUCUCUUACAAGGUGUAAGAAUUUUCUUACUAGUUGGAUAGGAGUCUUUGUCUUUGUUGAUAUUGUUAUAUAUGCAUUUAGUACAUCAUGUUUAGCAAGAUGGAAUAGAAACUUUCCUUGCAGUUCAGUUAGUGAAUUGUGAAGAUAACUUCACUGAAUACUUCUCAUUCUCCAACACCAUCCUUAAUCUAACUUUUAGUUAGUCCA